AGAGCAGCCUUUAGCCCAUAGGCAUUGGCAGCUGCCAAUCCGACACGAACCAACCUGUCUUCUGACACCCUCCCUCCCUCCUAUUUAUACUCCCCUCUAUUUUAAGCUUCUUCAAUUCUCAUCCCUCCCCUAUAUCUGCCUCCCUCUCCCCCCAGUCUCCACCCCCCACACCAAGAUGGCUGCCACCUUCUCUGACCCAGAGAACCUUGCCCCCGUGCAAUGCUCCUACGCCCCUCUGCCGGAAUUCAGCGACGGCGCCGGCCAACCUGGGCCUACGUCUCCCGGUCGUCGGCUAACCAAGCAAAUAGCUCUAUACGUAUGCAGCGGGUUACUGCUGUUUGGGUUGGUUCAGGCUAUCCUGUACGGGUUGCCGUCCGCCCCUAGUUCUGGCGUAUAUGUGGCGCAGGAGUCUUCGGCGUCGCCGGCUUUGGGGGCCGUUUUGAGGCCGGCUUCGAGAGGGCCGUCGGCCGGCGUGUCGGAGAAGACAUUCCGGUUGAAGUCCGGCUUGCUUAGAGGGUACCCUUGGAGUUCUGACCUGUUGUUUUGGCAGAGGACGGCUUUCCAUUUUCAACCGGAGAAGAAUUGGAUGAACGGGCCUAUGUUCUACAAGGGUUGGUACCACUUCUUCUACCAGUAUAAUCCAGAUGCUGCAGUGUGGGGCAACAUUGUUUGGGGCCAUGCAGUGUCAAAAGACUUGAUAAACUGGAUUCACCUCCCUCUGGCAAUGGUCGCUGAUCAAUGGUAUGAUGUCAACGGUGUCUGGACCGGCUCUGCCACCAUCCUCCCCAAUGGCGAACUUGUAAUGCUAUACACUGGAUCCACUAAUGAGUCAGUGCAGGUACAGAACCUUGCAUACCCUGCAGACCCUAAUGAUCCUCUCCUCAUCAACUGGGUCAAGUACUCAGGCAACCCUAUUCUUGUUCCUCCUCCUGGCAUCGAUGUUAAGGACUUCCGUGACCCAACCACAGCCUGGUACACGCCUGACGGAAAGUGGCGGAUCGCCAUCGGGUCCAAGGUUAAUAAGACUGGCAUUUCUCUGCUCUAUGACACAGAGGACUUCAAGAGCUUUGAGUUUGUAGACGAGGUGCUUCAUGCUGUUAAUGGCACUGGCAUGUGGGAGUGUGUGGACUUCUAUCCAGUUUCAGAGAUAGGUAAAAAGGGCUUGGACACUUCGGUCAACGGACCUGGAGUGAAGUAUGUGCUCAAGGCGAGCCUUGACGAUGACAAGAAUGAUUAUUAUGCACUUGGAACUUACAUACAUGCCAUGAGUAAAUGGACUCCCGAUGAUGCUAAGAAUGAUGUUGGAAUUGGAUUGAGGUACGACUAUGGAAAAUUCUAUGCAUCAAAGACGUUCUAUGAUCAGAACAAGGAGAGGAGAGUGUUGUGGGGUUGGAUUAUGGAAGCUGAUAGUGAAAAUGCAGAUGUGCAGAAAGGAUGGGCAUCACUUCAGGCCAUUCCAAGAACAAUUUUGUUUGACAAAAGGACAGGCGGCAAUAUAAUUCAGUGGCCAGUAGAGGAGAUAAAGAGUUUGAGAACAAGUGUCAAGAAGUUUAACAAGGUUAAGGUUGGACCGGGAUCAGUGAUGCCCCUUGACGUAGGCACAGCCACGCAGCUAGACAUCAUGGCUGAGUUUGAGGUAGACAAGAAGGCCCUGAAGAGGAUAGCAGGUGCUGAUGCGGGCUACAGCUGCAGUGCCAGUGGCGGAGCUGCUCAACGGGGCGCUUUGGGACCAUUUGGUCUUCUGGUUCUCGCUGAUGGAGCCCUUUCUGAGCAGACCCCUGUGUACUUCUAUGUCGCCAAAGGAGCUGACAGCAAUCUCAAGACUUUCUUCUGUGCCGAUGAAUCAAGGUCAUCUAAGGCAACUGAUGUCGAUAAAGGAAUUUAUGGUAGCACAGUUCCAGUUCUAGAAGGCGAAAAGUUGUCUGUGAGGAUACUGGUUGAUCAUUCAAUUCUUGAAAGCUUUGCUCAAGGUGGUAGGACAUGCAUUACAUCUCGAGUGUAUCCAACAAGGGCAAUCCAUGGAGCGGCUCGCCUCUUCUUGUUCAACAAUGCUACUGAGGCCCACGUUACUGCCUCAUUGAAGAUUUGGCAAAUGAAUUCUGCAACAACGCAGUCCAACACCCAUGUGAUGUAAAAAAUUCCCAUUCAACAUCUGCCACAUUUGUGUCAAUCCCCAAAUGGGGAUUCCCCAUUUGCUGCCCAUUUUGUAUCAAAAUGCAAAUAUCCUAAUCAUUCUUUGGCCUUA